CUCUUCUGAGUCAUCGUGCUUACCCUCUCGGUCAUGAAUGAUGAUGCUCAAUUGUUAAUUGAACACUAAGCUCUUCUUUGACAAACGGUGUAAGAGCCUACCCUUUUCCUUGAUGAUUCGAAUUAUUCGAAUACGAACCCCUGAAUAGCCCCAGUCCAUUCAACACCUUCUGAGACCAAAACCGCAAGUUGACUUUUGACAUAUAGAUCAUCUACGUCAUGAAUUGAAAAGUCCUUGUUCGCUCAAUACGCAUCAGCUAUAACAAUCUCGUUUUACCAGGGGGCCUUGGGCGCAAUGGAGGAACCAACGAAGAUUCCCAUCCUGGGCCGUGAAAGCAUUAUCGCUGAUUACGGGAUCUGGGGUAACUAUAUCGUUCAAGAUCUCUUUUCGAAUAUAGCUUCGACUACCUACGUUUUGGUAACGGAUACCAACCUGGGAUCGAUCUACAAUGAGUCCUUUGGAAAAGCCUUCAAUACCGCUGCCAGCGCCGUGUCGCCAGCUCCGCGCCUCCUCAUCAAAGAGAUCCCUCCCGGCGAAAACUCCAAGUCUCGGCAAGGCAAAGCUGACAUUGAGGACUGGAUGCUCCAAAAUCUUUGUGGGAGAGACACUGUAAUAAUUGCUCUUGGUGGGGGUGUCAUUGGUGAUCUCUUGGGUUUUGUCGCCGCCACUUAUAUGCGGGGCAUCAGAUUUGUGCAAGUCCCAACAACAUUAUUGGCAAUGGUUGACUCGUCUAUUGGAGGUAAGACCGCCAUCGAUACGCCGUUGGGAAAGAAUCUGGUCGGAGCAAUCUGGCAACCCACCCGGAUCUACAUUGACCUCGAAUUUUUGAAUUCCCUUCCGGAGAGAGAAUUCAUCAAUGGAAUGGCAGAGGUCAUUAAAACUGCGGCCAUCUCUGAUGAAAAGGAGUUUGCCGCCCUAGAAAAUGACGCCGAGGCGAUUUUGGCAGCUGCGCGUAGCAAACCUGGGACCGGCCGAUUUGAUCAAGUUAAAACUGUUUUGAAACAGCACAUUGUCGCAUCUGCGCGGCAUAAAGCAUAUGUCGUGACAGUAGAUGAACGUGAAGGUGGCUUGAGAAACCUGCUUAACUUGGGACACUCAAUUGGUCAUGCGAUUGAAGCGAUCUUGACACCACAGAUCCUUCAUGGUGAAUGCGUCGCCAUUGGUAUGGUCAAAGAAUUGGAGCUUGCGAGGUACCUAGGUGUUCUCAAGGGCGUGGCCGUAUCCCGAAUGGUUAAAUGUCUCUCCAGCUACGGCUUGCCAACUUCGUUGAAAGAUCAACGAGUGAGAAAGCUCACAGCCGGUAAAUAUUGCACUCUCGACCAGAUCAUGGCGAAUAUGGCCUUAGAUAAAAAAAAUGAUGGUCCGAAGAAGAAGAUUGUUCUUCUCUCAGCUAUUGGGCAAACCUACGAACCAAAGGCUAGCGUCGUCGCGAAUGAAGACAUCAGAGCCAUACUAGCACCUAGUAUUGAGAUAGAACCUGGGGUUCCCUCGUCGCUCAAUGUUGUGUGUGCUCCUCCGGGGUCUAAGAGCAUUUCAAACAGAGCCCUUGUCCUAGCCGCUCUUGGGUCAGGAACAGUUCGGAUCAAAAACUUGCUGCAUUCCGACGACACAGAAGUUAUGCUUAAUGCCUUGGAACGACUUGGCGCCGCGACGUUUACCUGGGAAGAGGAAGGCGAAGUUCUUGUUGUAAAUGGUAAUGGAGGAAAACUAAAAGCAACUCCUACGGAGCUUUACUUAGGUAAUGCUGGCACUGCGUCAAGAUUCCUUACCACUGUUGCAACCCUUGCGACUGAGGGAUCUGUGGAUUACAAUGUUCUUACUGGAAACAAUCGCAUGAAGCAACGGCCCAUUGGUGAUCUUGUUGAUGCCCUCACGGUGAAUGGAGCCGAAAUCGAAUAUGUUGAAAAGACCGGCAGUCUACCUUUGAAAAUUGCUGCUUCUGGUGGCUUCAAAGGCGGCCGAAUCAACCUUGCUGCAAAAGUUUCUUCACAAUACGUGUCUUCGCUUUUGAUGUGCGCUCCUUAUGCAAAAGAACCCGUCACCCUGAAGCUGGUAGGAGGCAAACCAAUUUCUCAGCCAUAUAUUGAUAUGACCACGGCCAUGAUGCGCUCCUUCGGUAUCAACGUGGAAAAAUCUACAACGGAAGAAUAUACAUAUCAUAUUCCUCAAGCAUCUUAUGUCAAUCCUGCUGAAUAUGUUGUGGAGAGCGACGCUAGCUCUGCUACUUAUCCUCUCGCUAUUGCCGCAAUCACCGGCACUACCUGCACAGUACCGAACAUAGGAUCUUCAAGCUUGCAGGGUGAUGCCCGCUUCGCCGUCGAAGUUUUGAGACCUAUGGGCUGCAAAGUGGAGCAAUCUGCCACUUCCACGACAGUUACCGGCCCUGCAGGUGGUGUCCUACGUCCCCUUCCUAACAUCGAUAUGGAACCAAUGACAGAUGCCUUCUUGGGUGCCUCGGUUCUUGCUGCAGUCGCACAAGGAGAAGGGUCCAAUCACACUACUCGAAUUUAUGGAAUUGCCAAUCAGAGGGUUAAAGAAUGCAACCGUAUUGAAGCAAUGAGAGUAGAACUAGCAAAAUUCGGUGUGGUAUGCCGUGAACACGAAGAUGGUCUUGAGAUUGACGGUAUCGAUCGAUCUACUCUGCGACAUCCUUCUGGAGGUGUAUUCUGCUACGAUGAUCAUCGUGUUGCAUUCAGCUUCAGUGUUUUAUCGCUCGUGACUCCGGUGCCAACGCUGAUCCUUGAAAAGGAAUGCGUUGGAAAAACGUGGCCAACAUACUGGGAUGCAUUGAAGCAAAAAUUCGGAGUUCAGCUUGAGGGCAAAGAACUAGAGGAAACCGAGCUCGUAGAACAGGCUCGCGCAGAUCGGUCUUCCGCAUCAAUCGUCAUCAUUGGUAUGCGAGGUGCCGGUAAGACUACAAGUGGCCGCUGGGUUGCAAAAGCACUUAAGCGUCCGUUCGUGGACCUUGAUAUAGAAUUGGAGAAAAAUGAAGGCAAGAAAAUACCUGAGAUUAUCAAGGAGCGUGGCUGGCAAGGGUUCCGUGAAGCAGAGUUGACUCUGUUCAAGCGCGCGCUUACCGAGCGUCCUAAAGGAUAUGUGUUUGCUUGUGGUGGCGGAAUCGUCGAGUCCGCAGAAGCAAGAAAACUUCUCGUCGAUUACCACAAGGUGAAAGGACACGUGCUUCUCGUCAUGCGAGACAUAAAAAAGGUCAUGGAGUUCCUCAAUAUCGACAAAUCGAGACCAGCCUACAUUGAAGAUAUGAUGAGCGUCUGGCUACGUCGAAAGCCUUGGUUCCAGGAAUGCAGCAACAUAGAAUACUACAGUCAGCAUAGUACCUCAUCAGAGCUUACUCUCGCCUCGGAAGACUUCAGUCGAUUCUUACACUUUGUGACUGGGAAGGUGAAUCCUUUGGCGACAAUUAGCAAAAAGAGUCUUUCUUCCUUUUUGUCCCUCACACUGCCUGAUCUACGCAACACUGGUGACCUCUUACGCAAAGUUUCUUCAGGGUCAGAUGCUGUUGAAAUGCGCAUCGAUUUACUAGAGGAUCCUUCAUCAAGCAAUGAGAUCCCUUCUCUUGAGUAUGUGUCGGAGCAACUGUCCUUCUAUCGCAGCCAGGUCUCUCUCCCUAUUGUUUUUACAGUUCGCACAAAGAGUCAGGGUGGAAGAUUCCCUAACGAUGCCCACGACGCUGCGUUUGACCUGAUCAGACUUGCCAUCCGCAGUGGAUGCGAAUUCGUAGAUCUCGAAAUCACAUUCCCCGACGAAUUGCUACGCAACAUAACUGAGAUGAAAGGUCACACGAAAAUAAUUGCAUCACACCACGAUCCGCAGGGUAAACUCAACUGGUCUAAUGGGUCUUGGAUUCAACAUUACAAUAAAGCUUUACAAUACGGCGAUAUUAUUAAACUGGUUGGCGUUGCAAAGAGUUUGAAUGAUAAUACUGCGUUGAAAGAGUUCAAGGAUUGGGCAGAACAGGCCCACGAUGUUCCUAUGAUUGCUAUCAACAUGGGUGACAAAGGACAACUAAGCCGCAUGCUCAAUCGCUUCAUGACUCCCGUGUCUCAUCCGCAACUUCCAUUCAAAGCAGCCCCAGGACAGUUGUCAGCUACUGAGAUUCGCCGUGGCUUGGCGCUUAUGGGUGAAAUCCAGCCUAAGAAGUUUGCGAUCUUUGGGAAACCAAUCGCCGCCUCUCGUUCCCCCAUUCUACACAAUACCCUUUUUGAGAUGAACGGGCUACCACACAACUACACGCGUCUCGAAACCGACCAGGCCCAGGACGUCAAGGAGUUCAUACGCUCGCCCGAUUUCGGAGGCGCCUCCGUAACAAUCCCUCUCAAGCUGGAUAUCAUUCCACUUAUUGAUGAGGUGCUAAACGAGGCUGAAAUUAUUGGUGCAGUCAACACAAUUGUUCCAGUCAAAGGAAACAAUGGCGCCACCCGUCUUGUCGGGCGCAAUACAGACUGGCAAGGAAUGGUCCACUGUUUACGUGAAGCUGGUGCCUAUGGCGGAGAGAGUGGUGGCAGCGCUCUUGUCGUUGGCGGAGGAGGCACAGCACGGGCGGCAAUUUACGCACUGCACAAAAUGGGCUAUUCGCCAGUCUACUUGCUUGGACGGUCACCUGAAAAGAUUCAAAAUAUGGCUUCUACCUUCCCCACCGGGUUUGACAUUCGCGUUGUAGCUGACGCAGCUGAUGUCAAGAAUAUUCCACGCGUCAUCAUUGGCACCAUUCCCGGAGACAAACCGGUUGAUCCCAGCAUGCGCGAGGUCCUCUGCUCGAUUUUCGAACGUGGCCAGGAACUCGACGGGGUGGCGAAGGGAGUACAGGAGGAUCCGCGUCGGAGGGUGUUGCUAGAGAUGGCCUACAAGCCAUCGGUGACUCCGUUGAUGCAGCUGGCCUCUGAUUCGGGAUGGGUGACGAUUCCAGGGUUGGAAGCGCUUGUUGGACAGGGAGUCUACCAGUUUGAGUACUGGACUGGGAUUUCGCCUGUCUACGAAGAUGCUCGGAAUGCUGUUUUGGGUACGAAGGAAACCCCGUAGUUAUUCGCUAUCUAGUAGUUAUUGAAUAAAAGUAUGUUAUACCCUACUCUUCUAUUACAUAUCCCCCGAGUAAAAAUACGCGUAAUUUGGCAACGGUAUUUCCAAU